CACAUCCGCGGGUGCCGCAGUCAUGGCAAGGAUGCAGCAGCGCUCGCCCGGCUUUCUUGUCCUCUUCCUGGUGGUCCUCAUCGCUGGGAUAGUUUUGUCCGGUCCCUCCACGCCACGCAGGAGCAGAGUCCGACGCCAGAACAUGAAGGUCCGCAUCAACGCCACCGGUGACACCAUUGUGAUGAAGUUUGUACGUCCCAACACGGACACCAAGCUGGAGGGCUACAUCCUGGGCUACGGCAGCAGCAUGUUCUCCAAACAGUUCAUUCCGCUCCCGGAGAAUGGGAAGCCCUACGAGACGGAGUUUGACGCCGAGCCUAAGUACCUUAUCGCCGUCCAGCCCAUCCCGACCAAUGAUGUGAAAAAGCACUGCACAGGGAAAGUCGAAUUGGAGAAGCCACUGCAUCUGGUUAUCGGGUCAGUGACCCCCACCUCAGUUUUGCUCUCUUGGGGGACCCUACUGAAGACGCCCUAUGAAGGGAAUAUCAUGAAUGACUGUCUCGAGGAUGGACACUACACAGUGCGUUACCGGGAGAGAAACAGGAAGUGGAACUACCAAACCUGUCCGACGAGUGACACGGUCAUUGACCACCUCAAGCCCAACGCCGUUUACGAAUUCGGUGUUCAACCCAGCUCGAAGGACAAGACCGGAUCGUGGAGCAAGCCCGUCAUCCACAAUAUCAGCUCAGGGGGUGUUCAAGAGAAAGUCAUCAGGAAAAUCUUCAAACGUCCCAUCAGCCCCGUGAAACCGCUAGCGCAAGGUCCGCAGUUCCCUUUUGCUCCUCGCCACGUUCUUCACAAUAAGACACAGGGCAGACAACCCAUCUCCCGCCACAUAAUCCCAAAGACAACUCUUGCUCCCACCACAACGACUCAACAGGAACCUCUGUCUACCUCUGGAUCCGCAGCACCUGCGACUACCAAACAGCCAAUUGGUACCACGAACCGGAGCGCCGAGGCCCCUCGCUCCCCCACUAUCUCCUCAGCUAAUCCGGCAGGAAGAAAUACCACAUUUUCACGUAUCCGGCCUCCUCCUCAUUUCCCUCGCAAUGGUGGCAGAUCAUUCCCCACCUCCUCCCACAGCUCCAGGACUUCUGGGGCGCAUCAUAGGAGCAAUGCUCUCCCUAAACCUGCAGCAUGGCCCAAAGAGAAACCUGUCCUACGCCAAUCCGUUCCCGUCAACAAGAGACCCAACUUGGUGGGGAUGCCGAAUGACCACGAUAAACCCAUGGACCUCAAACAAGGCGACAAGGAGUCCAUCUUGAAGCCUUUCCCGCUGGUCACGUCCAAGCCAAAGCAAGAACGCAGGCAGCAGACGACUACCACUACCCCGUCAUUAAACAGCAGCCGUUUUGAGGUCAAUGAAAAUUCCUCCAUAUUCAGGCCCCUUCCAGCAUCCGAUGUGGACAUUAUGGGCAAGAAGCGCUAUGUGGCUCCUCACGUCGUCUACAAGACCGACAAGAAGCCAGACGAGCCGUGUUCCAUCACGUCCUCCCUGACUUACUUCCCAGACGACGAGGACAGCAGCGAUCAGAACGUGACGGCGGCCCCCCGAAUCCCGCCCUCCAACCUCACGGUGGUGACGGUCGAAGGGUGUCCGUCUUUCGUCAUCCUCGAUUGGCAGAAAACCGAUAACGAAACUAGAGAAUAUGAGGUAGUAUCAACAGCCAAAGGACCCAAUGGAGAGGAAGUGUCCAUAUUGACGACAACGAACCAGACGCACACGGCGGUGGAGAAUCUAAAACCGGAAAGCAGUUACGAGUUCAAAGUGACACCAAAGAACGAGCUGGGAACGGGACCGUCCAGCGAGCCUGUGACGUUUAAUACGGAGUCAGCGGACCCACGAGUGAGUGAAAACGUAUCAGGAAAAGAUGCCCUCUGGACGCAAUUCCCAUUUAAGACGGACGCCUACUCUGAAUGCAACGGGAAGCAAUACGUGAAGAGGACGUGGUACCGAAAGUUUGUGGGCAUCCAGCUGUGCAACUCCCUGCGAUACAAGAUCUACCUGAGCGACUCGCUCAAUGGGAAGUUCUACAAUAUCGGUGAUCAAUCGGGUUACGGCGAGGACCACUGCCAGUUUGUGGACUCCUUCUUGGACGGGCUGACUGGGACGCAGCUGUUUGCUGACCAGUUACCAUCCAGGCCAGGUUACUUCAGAGCGCUGCGACAAGAGCCGGUGAGCUUCGGCGAGAUCGGUGGCAAGUCGCAUGUGACUUACGUGGGAUGGUACGAAUGCGGCACGCCUAUACCCGGCAAGUGGUGGUAACUCCACACGCAGUCCAGAAGAAAGUCUGGUUGAAGAGUACCAAAAGGUGCCUAACAUGAAGGUGGUUCGGCUCCUUUUCCUUGUUCCCAAAAAUCAGUGGUGGGGAACCUUAUCCCCCCCACCCUCAUUUUGAUAGUCCUCUGAGGGCCAAACUAAAUUUAUGAAGAAAAAAAAAACAUGAUUGAACAAAUGUAUU